CCCUUAUAAAAUGCCCAUCUUACCCAAUUAAUCUUUUCAUUCCUUUCAUCCAAAAAACCAAUCAACGAAGAUAAAGAAGAAAGAAAACUUGGAUUCAAUGGAUACAAGUUCUCGGGACAAGUCUUUUGCUAUUGACCUUAACACAAACCCUUCACCGCAAAACGUCAAUAGUAUUCCGCAUGAGAUGUUGGAUGAAGAGUUGAUCAGGAUGAAAGAGGAGAAUAAGAAGCUAACGACAACGUUAACAACUUUGUGUGAGAACUACAAUUACUUGCAAACUCACCUAAUUGAAUUGCUGCAAAAACACAACUCUGAGGAGCAGAAUUCCAAAUUAUUAUCUAGAAAAAGAAAGGCUGAAGAUGAUCACUGUUGUGAAAAUUCAGAAAUCAUAAUUGAAGAAGCAUCACCUAAGAAGCCAAGGGAAAUCAGAACCAACGUUUCAACUGUUUGUGUAAAAACUACUCCCUCCGAUCAAAGCGCAGUGGUGAAAGAUGGAUAUCACUGGAGAAAAUAUGGUCAAAAAGUCACAAGAGAUAAUCCUUCACCUAGAGCCUACUAUAAGUGUUCUUUUGCACCAUCAUGCCCAGUCAAGAAGAAGGUGCAAAGAAGUGUUGAAGAUCCAUCAGUUUUAGUAGCUACAUAUGAGGGGGAGCACAACCAUCCUCUCCCAUCCCAAGCUCAAGUAACAGUCCCAUUAAUUAACCAAAAUGUUACAACAAAUCCUAGUUUUCUGAACAAAUUCAUGCAAGACAUUGACACAACUUCGCUACAGCAAGUUUUAGUCGCACAAAUGGCGUCUUCCUUGACCAAGAACCCUAGUUUCACAGCUGCAGUUGCUGCAGCCAUCUCCGGAAAAUUCUUUGAAUAUGAUUAAUUAGCUUUCAAAUGAAGCAAAAUUACAGUUACUCAAACGGUUUCUGUUUUUUCAUUGAGAUUGGUCAUUGAAGUGAACCUAGUGUAAAUUUACCAUUUGGAAAGGAUGUUUUCUUUGCUAUAAUAACUGUUUCUUAGCUGUGUUUUCCGAA